AGGGGAGAGGACAAAGCUGCAUAAAAACACUUGCGGAAGUAAAUACCGGGAACGAAGAUUCUUAUCGAAGUGCAAGCUUCAUCUUUGCACUUCGCAAUUUGUAUCUUCCAUUCAGAUCUCGAAAGUUUUUGUUUUUUGGUUUUUUUGAUGACUUUCAUGCACCUGCAAGGACCUGACUCCCCAGUUAGGACGGAAACUUGUCUUUGAAAUGUGAUCGCGCGAGAACGACCGGGGCUUGGUGCAAAGAUUAUAAACGCUGAUGGAAGCCUAGAGAACCAAUCACGGCGACCAGGAGGCAGGAACAAUGGAGGUUAAGGGUCGACCGGAAGCUCCCUAAGUUUCCGGUGGCAUAGAGGGAGCUAUGGCUAAACAUCAUCCGGACUUGAUCUUUUGCCGCAAGCAGGCUGGUGUUGCCAUUGGAAGACUGUGUGAAAAAUGUGAUGGCAAGUGUGUGAUCUGUGACUCCUAUGUGCGUCCCUGCACCCUGGUGCGCAUAUGUGAUGAAUGUAACUAUGGCUCUUACCAGGGACGCUGUGUGAUCUGUGGAGGCCCCGGGGUUUCGGAUGCUUAUUAUUGUAAGGAGUGCACCAUCCAGGAGAAAGAUAGAGAUGGUUGCCCAAAGAUUGUCAAUUUGGGGAGCUCUAAGACAGAUCUCUUCUAUGAACGCAAAAAAUAUGGCUUCAAGAAGAGGUGAUUGGUGGGCUGCCUCUUCCUCCCCCCAUCAAGCUGCUGCAGCUGCCAAAAGAAAUGCCUACAGAAAGGAAAUGGAGCCCAGAGCAUCACCUGAAUUGCCUAUUAGUACAGUGGCACCUUUCCACCCUUUCCUCUCCUCUCACCCAGCCAUGGUAGGAAUGGAAAAAAAGUCUUUGCAGAGCACUCUGGCAGGCUGUACCACAGAAAAAUUAAUAAAUUGGUUCAUGGCGUUCCUUCAAUUCAAGAAGCAAGGCUGUGUUAAUCCACAUCGAGAAGUUCUGUACACCAAAAGCUUCUAAAACAGGAAUGAUAUAUCAUUUCAGUCUUCUGUUUGAGGAGCUGACUGUGAGGCUAGCUGCAGUGAGAAGCAUGGGCUUGCAGCAGCUCUGAUGGCAGCUGUCCUUGAUGAAACAUCUGCAGUGCGGUGGGGGCUCUCAGAACAGUCAAUGUGGGCAUUUCAUCUUGUAACACCCACCAGGUGGUGCUGCUUCAUGGUAUUUUUCUUCUAAAAAUUGGAAACCCUUUCUGUUGCUAUUGUAUUCAUAAAGUAGGUGUUUAUUUUCUGGUAGUCAGCCCCUUCCCAAUUUAAUUUUAACUCUAGGAAUUUUAGUCACCCAGGAAUUUGUGAUUCAAAAUAAAGGUACUGGGAUUCAUUAA